UUUUUCUUGUCAACGUUCGCCCCUGUCUGUUCACAUUCGCCUGACCUCCGACCGCAGACAGGACUCCAACCAAGCCCAGAAAUGUCUGACUUCUCAGAAGACCAGAUCAUCGAGUUCAAGGAGGCCUUCCUGCUGUUUGACAGGACAGGUGAUGGGAAGAUCAGUUACAGCCAGUGUGGUGAUGUCAUGCGGGCCCUUGGCCAGAACCCUGUCAACGCUGAGGUCCUCAAGGUCCUGGGAAACCCCAAGUCAGAAGAGAUGAACCACAAGAUGCUAGACUUUGAGCAGUUCCUGCCCAUGCUGCAGGCCAUCGCUAAGAACAAGGACCAGGGCUCAUUUGAGGAUUUUGUGGAGGGUCUGCGUGUCUUCGACAAGGAGGGCAAUGGCACAGUGAUGGGCGCUGAGCUGCGCCAUGUCCUCACAACACUUGGUGAGAAAAUGACAGAAGAGGAGGUGGAGACUCUCUUAGCGGGACACGAAGACGCCAACGGCUGCAUCAAUUACGAAGUCUUUGUCCGCAACAUCAUGUCUGGCUGAGCAGCGGAACUCGUCCGGAUGGUGAUGAGUGGUUGAAGAUUUCAAGAACACAACCGGUGAACUUUAUUCCCAAAUGUUUUUUCUAUUAUAUGUAAUGUCUGUCUCACCCCCAUCCAACUCUUGUUUCCCCUCAUUUUGUGAUCUUUUUUAUUUUCUUUCAGAAGUGCCUUUUCUGUGUCUUGAGUUGAAGAGACCCUUUUUCAUUUCACUUCAAAAUAUCAGCAAGCCACAGAGGUGCAUGCUAUCAUGCCUGGCUCGUUGACAGACUCGGCAAUAACAUUCCCUUGAUUAUUCCAUACGUUCCCAUCUCCCACCCUGUCACUCAACCCCCGUGUCGGCCCUGUCGCCCAAUAGCUGUGUUUUUAUACAGAGGAGAUGCAUGUUCAUUGGCUGAGACCAGCUGUAAUGUCGAUUUUACCGGGCCAAUUAUGAAAUGGUAGAUUACUGUCUCAUGUAUAUGUUGUAUCAAACGAUAUUUAAUAAAAAUCCCCAGUUUCUGAAAACAAA